UUUACUUAAAGCGCAUACGUCACUAUCUGCUGACUCUGACAUCAUUACCUGAAACGAAAGCAGACGACACAAGAGGCUUUGGAGAUGAUGAUACAUUAUGGACAUUAAGGCAUACCUAACUUGUAAAAAGCCACGGAGGUCUAAUCGUUUAGUGGAAAGAGAAAAAGAAAACAAAACACACAAGACAAUCAAAUAUGGACCACUUGGUGUUUUUGAUGUUUUACCAAUAGAGCUGAAGUUCCACAUCCUAAAAUAUUUAUCAAUUGAAGAAUUAAGCAUUCUGACGAUAGCAUCAAAAGCAAUGCGGAAUCUUGUCGAGGGAUACAGAGUAACACGUCCCAUUGGCAGACACCUUAUUCCUACACCACAUCCACAUAUUCAGUUGCCACAAGAAAAACAUAUGGAAUAUUUCAAACAGUACCAAAGACUAGGACUACUCAUGAAGAGAUCUACAUGCUUAUAUGCUACCAAAGACCGUCUGAAGUUAGUUAAUGAUUUCCUAACAAUGAUAAUGUGCUGUAAUUCCAAUGUGUGUGUGUCUCCAGAAAAAUGCUUAGCACUUAGCUGCUUUGGGAAAUUUAUGCAUACUGUGAUAGCUGGAUGGGAUGACAGUGAAUGCCAGAGAGCAUUCGAUGCAAUCUGCCAACACACGAGUAUCUUAAAAAAUAUGAAGAUUGUGAUAAACUCUAAACCAGGAAUUCAUGGAAAAUUGGAAAGAGAGACGAGACAGUUUUUCAGAAAAGUUUUUUUGGAUCACUGUCCAACGGUUCAAGACCGUGCAUUUUGGUUGAGCAGAAUUCUAAAACCAUGGCCCAUGGUUCACCAGGCCAAAAUAUUAUAUUUACUAUAUGGCGCUUCCUUUGAUACAGGAGACAUUCUGUGGUAUGAAAUGUGUGAAAGUACACCAGCUAACUCAGAAGAGUCUGUCAAGUAUUUUGGAGAUAUAGCCAAUGCCAUCCAAACCCUGCACAGUCAGACUAAAGAAUGGUCAGAGGAUGACAUCAUUAGUGUUGUAGAUGAACUCACAAGUUUACCUGAAGAAUGGUUAGCUGAAAACGUCUCACACCUACUACUUAUGUGUGGAGAUUCUAUCACAUCAAAGCUGAUGACAAGUAAAGCUAUCAACGGCAGGACUGUUGAACUCUGCAGCAUCACAACAUCGUUUUGUCUGGUUUGUGUGAAGAACAAUUUUAGCCUCAACUAUGUUGUAACAUUAAUACAGAAUAUAAUCCAAGUGAUGGAAAAUCCAAAAGAAAGGAUUCACUUCAUAAACAGCAUGAUGGACAUGUUCAAGGAACUGAUUCUAGACAUUCAUGAAUUCAGCGAGUCAGAUGAAACUCACGAAGGUGAAUUGUUCUUUCUGGUUUCUGCUCUAUCAGAGUUUACAAAGAGGCUGAUUCAAGUAGCAUUCAAAAAUUUCCUGGUAUGAACAUUGAAUCUUGGCAAAUAACACUAUGCAGGUUCGUCUCACAGCCAGAACAACCGAAUAAGCCAAAAAAUGUGGAAAAGGUUUUGCUACAGUGCUUUGAAGUGCCAAGUAUCCACUUCAAAUCAUACUAUCCAUGUAAUAUUAAUAUUCCUACCAGCCAAUGAGCAUGUAGGCAGUGAGAAAAAAUGAAUCCCACGAACAAAGAAACUCCCAAUAUAGUCAAGCCUUAUAGAAUAGUAACAAACUGGAUUAUGUGCUUAGUCAUUGGUUACGAAAGCUUAAAGAAGUUCAUUUAUUUUGAAACAAUAACUUUUUCUUUAGCUGAAGGGAUCUCAAGUAAAAUAUUAAUAUUCCCUUGCAUAACUGAAAGCAUAAGAAUUAUACUCCAGUUAAUAUUGGCAGUACAUAUUUUUAUUCAAGAUCUGAAAAAUAAUGACAAAGAUUCUUGAAGUUAAUUCUUAAAUUUAGUUUUUGCCUCAUUGUUUUCUUGUACUUAAAAACAUUAAAUUGCAUCUGUAAUUUCAAAAUGAAUUGUGGUUUCACUGUCACAAAAUUCAAUACGAGUCAGUAAAUCUUUAUUGUGAUAAGGAAAGGUAUGUCAUAUAUCUUGACCAUCAAUCCCAGUUUCAUCUUUUAUUAUUUUUCUGUCUAGUCAUGUGUACAUACAUGUUAUGUGCAAAAUAUGCAUGUUAUUUGCAAGUUUGAUGCCGACACUACAAAAGUCAACAACACUAAUGUAGCUGCUGCAUUGUGGUGACAUGACACACUUCACAUAAACAUGGGCUGGCUGUAAAUGAUAUAAAACGUAUGGGGUUUUAUAUUGUUCGUUUGUGAUGGUUUACCCUUGUUCAAAUGCAAGAUUAAACCAUGCUGAAUCCAACCAUUUACACUUCAAAGUUUACUUUCAGUUUUUGAAGUAAGCUUACAAAAGCCUUGUUUCCAGAUAAAAAAAUUUUAUAAUUCAUGAGAAAAUUAUCAUCUUAACACAAACUCCAUCACUUGUUACCGUAUGUUACUGUUUUGACAUAAUUGUCAAACAAUUCAACAAUUUUGCUGUGAUAUUAAGUUAUUGCAAAUUAUUAAAGUCAUAUUUAAAAAUAUCA